UUAUCGGUGCGGUCACGCUGAUCGAUACCCAAUAUAGCGGCAAUCGUUGGGCACUUGUUACAAAAUAGAAAUUAAAACCAUAAAUAUGAAUUAAAAUUUAGUUCUUACAAUUAGUCAAAAAUGUUACGGUAUAAGCAUGUGGUGCGAAUGCUCCAGCGACGUUCCUACUCAGUCAACCAAGCUGGCAGUGGAAGUGGUCCUGGCAAUGAUGGCGACGAAGACAAACAUCCAAUCCGGCGGACCCUCCGUUUGUUGGGCAACGAUAUGCGCAAGGUCAAGGAGUUCUUUGUGCCCAAAGAAGCUGUUCCUGAGGAUUCCAAAGACACCAUCCCCACCCAGAGCAAGUUCAAGUUCUCUGGGGAGAGAGACAGAGAUUACACUUUACCGGACGACUUCCAAACACAUUGCGAUGUGCUAGUCAUUGGAGGCGGUGGUCUGGGUAGUUCCGUAGCCUACUGGUUGAAGGAAAAGGCACGUGACGGACUUAACGUGGUGGUAGUGGAGAAGGACGAGACGUUCGCCAAGUCUGCUACUCGAGUUUCAGUUGGAGGCCUGUGCCAGCAGUUCUCUCUACCGGAAAACAUUCAAAUGUCUCUGUUUGCUGCCGAGUUCCUACGUAACUCCAAACAGAACUUCGGUACCGAGGUGCCGAUCCAAUUUACCCCGCAUGGCCAUCUACUGCUUUGCAAAGACGAAGACGCCGAGGCAUUGAUGCGCUCCUCCCAACUGCAAAACGAGCUUGGAGCCCGCAACGAGUUGCUCACUGCGGAACGGCUGGCUAUUCGGUUUCCAUGGUUGAAUACAGAGGGUAUUGCCUUGGGCUGUCACGGACUAGAGCUGGAAGGUUGGUUCAACCCGUUGGCUUUGCUCAGCAACUUUAGGCGUUCCGCUGCCAAGAAUGGGGCACAUUUUGUUAACGGCGAGGUGGUUGGCUUCGAUUUUCGGGCGCAAUCUGACAUGUCUGUGGUCGCAGGAUCCAAUGAGGGAAGCUACAACGGCUUGGACAAGGCUGUCAUCCGCUUUGCCGACGGAACGCGGCGCACCUGUAAAUUCGCAUUGUGUGUGAUAGCAGCUGGAGCAGAUUCCGGUAGCGUGGCGCGAAUAGCGCAGAUAGGAGUCGGACCCGGAAUGCUGCAAGUGCCGCUGCCCAUAGACAAACGUAAACGAUAUUUAUUCGCCAUCAAUACUCAGGCGGAAAAUGCCCCUGGAAUGGGCAUGCCUCUGACUGUCGAUCCCUCGGGAACUUUUAUUCGACGCGAUGGUUUGGGUGGUAAUUUUAUAUGCGGCCAUAAUUCCCAAGAUGACAGCGACAGCUCAGCGGUGGAUCCGCAGUACUUUGAGGAACAUAUCCGACCGAAACUUGCAGACCGAGUACCUGCCUUGGGAGAUUCCAAAGUAGUCGACAGCUGGGCUGGAUUUUACGAGCAUAACGUCUAUGAUGAAAAUGGCAUUGUCGGUGCCCAUCCCUACUUCCACAACCUUUACGUGGCCACUGGUUUCAGCGGUCACGGCAUUCAGCAGUCGAUAGCUGCAGGACGGGCUAUCUCCGAGUUGAUUAUAGAUGGCCAGUUCCGUACUAUUGACCUCUCGCGUCUUACUUUCGACAGACUAAUUGUGGAAAGACCCAUAUACGAAGAAAGUCAAGUCUUAAGCUAGGAUCCUUUGUUUUUAUAGAACUGUUAAAAGUCCAAUGAGCAUGCUGUAGGUAAAUAAUUUUUGGUUUUCCGAAAACCAGCCAGGUGCAAAGCUUUAAAAUUACGAAAAAAAAUUGGCAUCAAUAAAAUUUAUUGGACACAAACGGAA